GGAAGCAUGCUCUACGUCCUGUAUGGAAGCGCCACUGGCACUGGCCAAGAUGUCGCCGAGCAAAUCGGUCGCAUGGCGACAGCGAGGAACAUUCCCGUGGUCGUGUCGUCGAUGGACGCGUUCGAUAUCCAGCAGCUUCCCACAAUCAGCCAUGCCGUGUUUAUCGCGUCGUCGACAGGGGACGGCGAAGCUCCGGAGAACAUGACCAACACAUGGAAGUUCCUCCUUCGGAAAAGCUUGGCGGUGGACUCUCUCCAUGCCAUGCACAUGGCUGUGUUUGGCUUGGGCGACUCGAGCUACGCCAAAUACAACACGGUGGCCCGACGAUUGCAUGCGCGACUGCUUCAACUCGGCGCCGUCGACAUCAUCGAUCGUGGGCUAGGCGACGACCAGCACGAGCUCGGGUACCACGGCGCGUUGAAUCCGUGGCUGGACAGACUAUGGGUGGCCUUGCUUCAACUGGAACCGUUCCUGCUUCCGCUGGGGUUUACCAUCGACGACAGUCCAAAGCCAACGCCGCCAAAGUACCUCGUCCGAAUCGUGGCCUCUGACGGCGUCUCCCAGCCCUCUCGUCUUCAUUCGUUCUACGAUCCUCCCAAGACGGCCCUGGACGCCAGUCGCCUUAUCCAGGCCACGUUGACCAAGAAUGAGCGGCUUACCGCCGCCGACUGGAGUCAGGACGUCCGCCACAUUGAGCUAGCCUUGCCGGCGUCGGCACCUGUGUACUCUGCUGGGGACAUUGCGCUGUUGUAUCCUGAAAACGUAGAUGUAGCCACGAUCGACCGCUUUCUCAAUGCGACGCUGCAGCUGCCACCGACCACAUGGCUGGCCAUCGAGCGUGUCGACGGCAACGCGUUGGACCUUCCGCCGUUGGUCACAGCAGGGGAGUUGAUGCGAAAGUACUUGGACGUGUUUGGUACGCCGCGUCGGACGUUCUUUGAGCGUUUAUCGCUGUUCACGCAAGACAUUGACGAGAAGGAAAAGCUCUUGGAACUCAGCGCCCCUGACGGCGCUGACCUUCUCCAGGACUACUGCAUUCGAGAACGGCGCACGUACAUUGAGGUUCUGCAAGACUUUUCGACGUGCCAUGUUCCACUGGAGUUUCUCCUUGAGCUCAUUCCGCGACUGGCCCCGCGGGCGUAUUCAAUCGCGUCGUCGUCCACCCUGCAUUCGGGCCAAGUUCAUUUAACCGUGGCGAUCGUCGACUACUUGACGCCAUACAAACGAUCAAAGAAGGGCGUGUGCUCGGCGUGGCUGCAAACCCUGGAACCCGGCGCCGUGGUUUUCAUGUGGAUUAAGACGGGGCUCUUCCGCCUCUCCCCCGCCAUCCACGCGCAAAAUGUGCUGUUGAUUGGCCCUGGAACAGGGAUUGCCGUUAUGCGCGCCAUCGUUCAAGAGCGUCACGCGCAUCGUGGUCAGACUGCCGUUGGGGGCGACACCCACGUGUACUUUGGAUGUCGACAUGAGACCAAGGUAAGGGUGAGACGAGGACGAUACGUAAACACCCAAAUGGACUUCCUGUAUGGCGCCGAGUGGAAGCAACUCGAAUCCAACCGAGCCAUCACGUCGUUACACGUGGCCUUUUCGCGCGACCAGGAAGAUAAGAUAUACGUGCAAGCCAAGUUGGCGCAACAAAAAGCUGCUGUCUUUGCCGUGCUCUCCCAGGGCGGGUACUGCUUCGUCGCGGGGUCGGCCAAACGCAUGCCAUCGGACGUGUACUCGACCAUCCGAGACAUCGUCGCCAGCGAAGGCCGCGUGUCCAUCAAGGAAGCGGACGUGUUUAUGAAGAGUCUCGUGCGCCAGAAGCGAUACAUCGUCGAGUCUUGGUCGUAGGAACAACUUGACGACUCGAUCCUAUGACAACAAUACUUCCAAGGAGUAACGACAGCUAAUUAAUGUAAUACUCGGUGCGUUGGAAUGGAUCCAAA